AUGCCGUCGGCAACGAAAGACUCGACAAUUUUAAAAAUUGCCGUUGAAAUGCUCAAUGCGCCUGACAAGGUGCCGCAGCUUAUUGAGUUCGACCAGAGUCAGCCUUUAUCAAGCAUCAUACAACUGCUAUGCAAGCCAUGGGGCUUGCCUGAUCCUGAUAACUACGCCCUUCAAUUCUCAGAGAGUAAUAAUCAAAAUUAUAUCACGGAGAAAAAUCGAAACGAGAUAAAGAACGGUUCGGUGUUACGUCUAGAGCAGUCUCCAGCCAAAACUGUUCAAGAUAUACUGGCCAAAAUCAAUUCAGGUAGUGAAAUUGACCAAACGGCAGCUUUAGCAAAAUUAUCGACUUUAAGUAGUGACCUCACCUUUGCACUGGAAUUUAUUAACAAGAAAGGUUUAUCUCUUAUUAUUCACAACAUUGAGAGUGGAAAGUUCAAAGGUAACUCACUUAAAUUUGCUUUAAUAACGUUUGUAGAGUUAAUGGAUCAUGGAAAUAUAUCUUGGGAUAUACUAGAGAAUCCAUUUAUAAAUAAAGUUGCAAGCUUUGUUAGCAAUCAAACAAAUACACAAGAUCCAAAAAUAAUACAGUCGUGUUUAUCAAUACUUGAAAACAUUGUGCUCAAUAGCUCAGGAAAGAACUUACAUGUGGAGAAAGAAAUUACAAUACCAAACCUUAUAUCGCAUCUUCAAAACCCUUAUCAAGAUAGUAUUAUACAACAAAAUGCAAUAGCUUUAAUUAAUGCAAUAUUUUCUAAAGCAGAUUUAAAUAAAAGAAAAGCUAUUGCAGCAACUUUGUCCUCAAAGCAGGUUAGAAAUGUGAUCUAUGAAAAUCUCAUUGGAGCUUGUGAAUUUUCCAAAAAUUUAUCAAAAGAAGCUUUAGGUACAGAAUUAGCCCAUCAGUUGUAUGUACUGCAAACACUCACUCUAGGGCUAUUGGAACCUAAAAUGAGGCAACGGGCUGACUCUCAAGAGCAGGAAUCACAAGAAAAAAUAAAAGAAUUGAGAAAAAUUGCAUUUGAUAUUGACAACAACUCCUUAGAAGUGACUACAAGGCAUCAAAUAAACAACUCAAUGAAAGAUUACAAAAAACUUGGCUUCAAAUGUGAAAUUGAUCCUAUAAAAGAUUUCAAUGAGGUUCCACCAGGAAUAUUGGCACUCGAUUGUAUGCUUUAUUUUGCUAGAAACUACUCUGAGGAUUACCGAAAGAUUGUUUUAGAAAAUAGCAGAGCUGUAGAACAUGAAUGUCCGUUUGGUAAAACUAGUGUUGAACUUGUGAAGUUGCUAUGUGACAUAUUACAUAUAGGUGAACCACCUAGUGAGCAAGGUCAAACAUAUCAUCCCCUCUUUUUCACUCAUGAUCAUCCAUUUGAAGAACUGUUUUGUAUCUGUAUUGCUCUCCUGAAUAAAACAUGGAAAGAAAUGAGAGCAACUUCAGAGGAUUCUAUGAAAGUUUUGAGUGUAGUCCGAGAACAAAUCAACAGGGCACUUUCUGCAUCUCCCAAAGGUUUUGAUAAAUUUCGCCAAAGAAUAAACCAGUUGACUUAUGCUGAAAUAACACAAAUAUGGCAGCAGGAACGCACAAAUAGAGAAGUAUGGGAGUCACAUGCAAGACCAAUAGUAGAAUUAAAAGAAAAAAUCACACCAGAGAUUAUCGACUUAAUUCAGCAACAAAGGCUAGGUGUACUGGUUGGUGGAACUAGGUUUAAGAAAUAUUCUGCAAGGGGUCAAAGAAUAAAGGAUAAGUUCUGGUUUGUGCGUCUAUCUCCAAAUCAUAAAGUGUUGCAUUAUGGCGACUGUGAUGAGAAAAGUACACCAAGUUUAGAAGAACUUGGUAAUAAAUUAGCUGUAUCAGAUAUUAAGUGUGUAGUGGUAGGCAAAGAUUGUCCACAUAUGAAGGAUCUAAGAGGUAGAAAAGUGACCCCACAUUUAGCAUUUUCAUUAAUCUUAAAGUCUGCAGAGGAAUCUCUAGACUUUGUAGCACCUGAUGAGCAAAUCUUUGAUUAUUGGACUGAUGGAAUAAAUGCAUUGCUAAAAGAAAAAAUGUCGAGUAGGUCUUUUGAAAAUGAUUUAGAGACUCUACUGUCUAUGGAUAUAAAAGUUCGUCUUCUUGAUGCCGAGGGAAUUGAUAUACCCCAAGAUCCUCCACAAAUACUAGAAGAGCCAGAUGACUAUGACUUUUAUUAUGACAAUAACUAG